UCCAUCUCUAGUCGCCAUUCUAUACUGAAAUUGAAAGCUUCGAGUUUACGCUGAAUUUUUAUUGCUCCAAUUCAUUGUUAAAGUAACAAGAUCAACAAAAUGGUGGUUAAAGCUGUUUGCGUUAUUAAUGGCGAUGCCAAGGGUACCGUUUUCUUUGAGCAGGAGGACAAUGGAGCUCCCGUCAAAGUUACCGGCGAGGUGACCGGCCUGGGCAAAGGACUGCAUGGUUUCCAUGUCCAUGAAUUUGGCGACAACACCAACGGAUGCAUGUCCUCUGGCCCCCAUUUCAAUCCACAUAGCAAGGAGCAUGGCGCCCCUGGAGAUGAGAAUCGUCAUUUGGGCGAUUUGGGCAACAUUGAGGCAUCUGGCAGUGGUCCAACUGCUGUUAAUAUCACCGAUUCCAAAAUCACCCUAGUCGGUGCCAAUAGUAUCAUUGGACGCACCGUUGUCGUCCAUGCCGAUCCCGAUGAUCUGGGCAAGGGUGGACACGAGCUGAGCAAGACGACUGGUAAUGCUGGAGCUCGCAUUGGUUGCGGUGUCAUUGGCAUUGCCAAGAUCUAAGAAUGAGGAGUCCCUAAGACUAUAUACAUACAUUUAUUUCUAUAUGUAUCUUAUCUACUGAAAUUACACGAUAUACAUAUAUGUAUUGUAUAUCAUUUAUAUCUACUACUUGUGGUCUGUUAGUUUAACAAAAAAAAACCUUUAAGGUUGAAAUAAAUGGGUAUUUGUGAGUUUUUUUUUUUCAAUAUUGGCUCCUAACCGA